GAUGAUGACGGUUAGUCUUAGUUGGAACUGAGUGCUGGUGGUGGCAGGAGAACUCUGCGCUAUUUACUUCAAGUUCAUUUUUGUCGUCGUCGCCUCCACAAAAUCCACCAGUGUCGCCAUGUUUUACGCCCAUUUCGUCCUGGCCAAGAAGGGCCCGUUGGCCCGAAUCUGGCUCGCAGCCCAUUGGGACAAGAAACUCACCAAGGCUCAUGUUUUUGAAACCUCGAUCGAAAAAUCUGUAGAAGGAAUUCUACAUCCCAAGGUUAAAAUGGCUCUCAGAACAAGUGGUCAUCUUUUACUUGGAGUUGUCCGCAUCUAUUCAAGAAAAGCAAAAUAUCUCUUGGCAGAUUGCAAUGAAGCAUUUGUUAAAAUCAAGAUGGCUUUCCGACCAGGAAUGGUGGACUUACCGGAGGAAAAUCGUGAAGCCGCUGUCAAUGCUAUCACACUACCGGAAGUUUUUCACGACUUUGAUACGAGCAUUCCAGAAAUAAAUGACGUUGAUAUUCAAGCGCAGCUGAGUAUGAACCAAUCCAGAGCGGAAGAAAUUACAAUGAGAGAAGAUUAUGGAAGUUUGAGCCUCCCUCACCAUGACGAAGGGUUUGGAGAUUUGGAUUUUAAUGAGGAUGCUCCCGAAUUACUGAGAGAUCACGCACCUCAGUCCUCAGCAUUCGACGAUAGAUUUGAUGAUCGUUCACAUGAUUUGCAACGAUCCAAUGACAAAGUAUUGAAUGAUGAUGGAUUCGGUGCUCCGUUAGGGCAAGAUAUGAUGGCCGGCGGAUUAUUCGAGGGUGGUUACUUUGAUGAGCCACCAAUAACAGAUCAGCCACCAGAUCACGGCCAUAUCGACUUGGGACAUCAUGACUCAGAUGACGAUUUUGGUGGUCCACCAUCAAUUGCCAGUUCCGGUGCCCCACCGACACCCCUGCAGCCCGAGGAGCCAGCUCUGGAUGACAAAGAUCUUUUUAAUCAAAUAGGCCGGCCAAUAAAUGAUCACAAUGAAACCCUUGAUCAAACAACCUUGUUGCAAAAUGAAGAGGAAUCAUUUGCACUGGCUCCAAUCGAAACUCCAGUAGCCAGAGGUGGCAUAAGAGCUGGAGCAAAACGAAAACGAAAGUUGAUUGUAGACGAAGUGAAAAAUAUAUCUGGAGAAGAAAUGAAAGCACAAUUAUCCGAUACUUCUGACAUUGUUACCACUCUCGACUUGGCCCCUCCGACCAAGCGCUUAAUGCACUGGAAGGAAACUGGUGGUGUUGAAAAGCUGUUUGCUCUACCAGGACGACACAUUCCUUCCAGAGUUGUUGCAAGAAAUUAUCAGACUCAUUUGACUUCUCGCCCGGCUGAAAAUGAAGAAUUUACCAUGAACAAUGAGAACAUGGAACCCAAUUCCGGCUUGGAUAUGCCCCCAGCACUCGGUCCACCCCAAACACCUGGACCUGCUUCACCCAAAGGAAAGGUUCGAGGUCGACCUGGACGGAAGCGCAAGGCAGCGGAGCCACUAGAAGAGUUGAGACAAAACAAUGAUGGGAAUGAGUUGCCACCCAAUUUGUCCGCGGAAGGGGAAAUCCCUCCCUCGCUUUCUUUGCAUGGAGUUGGGGAACCCCCUCAUUUGAAUUUGAUGAGCGGCGUAGAUCUUGAUUGUGGGCAGAUGAAUGGCAGUGGUUUAACCUCUAUGGAUGGCAGUGCUAUGGCCCCACCACAUAAUGCUUUGUUUUCUCCCGGUGCCCACAAUGGUGAGUUGAAAGAUGGACCUCCUGCCACUCCAAUGAUUCAUUCAAACUUGGAUAAUAUCAACAUGUCCAUGAUGGAAAAUAUGGGAUACGAUGGACCGUCCGAUCAGAACCAUAUGCAACACCAGCUCCACUCUGAUCAAGACCACGGUGGCAUGGGAUCAGUUUUACCCCAAACACCAUGGGGUGGCCAUGAAGAUUAUGAUUUCCCAGCCUCUGUAGGAGCCGCGGACGAACAAGCCACAGAUGAGACCUAUGAACAAUAUGAAGAACGAGUUCUGAACAAGCGUGCUGCUCAAAUGUACCACAUCAUUAAAUCCAAGUUGGAAAUUGACAGUGCAAUCCCCUUUUCAACUAUGUGCACCGUCCGCAAUACCAGAAAACAAGUGGCACAAAAAUUCUACACAAUGUUGGUGUUGAAAAAGGCACAAGCAGUGGAACUCAUCCAAAACGCUUCCUACGACACGCUGCUGGUUACUAAAGGUCCUAAAUUCCUAACUGCUUCAUUGUAAAAUAACUUACAUAUUGUGAAGGGAGGUGUCUCAUCGUCGAUGAUAUUGUUAAUUGACAUAACUUUUUUUAAAAGAAAGUUAAGAAAAAUAAUCUGUUUUAUUAAGGAAACCUCAUAGGUUUUGUUUAUAAUUAUAAAAUAAUAAUUUUAGUAUUUUAUAUUUCGAGAUAAUACUUACUGAUAACAAUUAGGAUUUGAAGGAAAAUUGUUGAACAAUAACCAAACUAGUUUUAAUACUUUUGAUUUUGUGAAUUAAUUGAAAUGUUAUUUUUCUAUUUGUUAAUGUGUACAUAUUUUUGAAAACUUUGGUUGUACUUGCGAUGUGACUGAGGGUUUGUGUGAUUACUAAAUUCAUACAUGUUAACAAUGACGACAUGGACGGUGUGUAGUAUUUAUUUAUCACGAAAAGUCUGACAAUUCUCACUUGUUUGUGCUUUGCUUCAUCCAUUUUGAAAUUUUGAAAAUAUCGACGUCGACUUAUUAUUACAUAUAUUAUUUCUUUUAUUACUAGCUUAAUGUUGGUAGUUGUUAGCUCGACCAAUCUACUUAAGCUUUUUAAUAUAUGUACAUGAACUCCCUUACACAUGUAGAAAAUGCCGAUAAUUAAAAUUAAUGAGCGAUUAACUAACAUGAACGAAUGUCUAGUUUAACUUUUGCAAUACUUUUACCAAAAUGAACUAAAUUGUUAUCCGUUACUUACAUAAGACCACUAAUUAUGCUUGCUAAAUAAAAUUUAAGAAAGCAGUACAAACCAA